AUGUUACCCCGCUCUGUGAACAGUGGAAAUGUAGAUGGAACCAGGGUGGAAUAUAGGGUUUGGAACCCCUUUCGUUCAAAGCUGGGAGCUGCAAUCUUGGCCGGCAUUGACUAUCAUUGGGAUUGUGAGUUCCUCCAUAUUGGACAAUAUUAUAGACAUGUGGAGCAGAUUUUAUUAUACUUAAUAGUCUUAGAAGUGGUGUAUGCGGUUGAAGUUUCCCCUAGAGGUGGUAGGGACUUGGUAAACAUGGCAAAGAAGAGAACUAAUGUCAUACCAAUCAUCGUACACGCAAGACACCCAGCCAGAUAUUGGAUGCUCGUCAGCCUUGUAGAUGUCAUAUUUGCAGAUGUUGCUCAGCCUGAUCAGGCAAGGAUUUUAGGUUUGAAUGCAAAUUAUUUCCUCAAAGUAGGAGGUUGUUGUUUAAUCUCAAUCAAGGCAAAUUACAUAGACUCCACUCUUCCUGCUGAGAAAGUUUAUGAACAUGAAAUGGAAAGAAUGGGGGCAGAACAGUUGAAGCCUAAACAAAGGGUGACACUUGAGCCAUUUGAACGAGACCAUGCUUGCGUAGUUGGUGGAUACCGAAUGCCAAUAAAGAUAGAAAAUGAACUCUCUGAAAGUUGGUGUAUGCAUGCAUGCAUGCCUGCAGAAGAUUGUCUCUCUUUUGAGAUUCAGCUCUGCUAG